CCCCCGGCCGUCCCCCCAGACAUGCCCCGCCGUGGCGGCCCGGCUCGCCGAGGAUCAUGACUGCGGCGGCGAACUGGGUGGCGAACGGGGCCAGCCUGGAGGACUGUCACUCCAACCUCUUCUCGCUGGCUGAACUCACGGGCAUCAAAUGGCGUAGGUACAACUUUGAGGGCCACGGGGACUGUGGGCCCAUCAUUUCAGCUCCAGCCCAGGAUGAUCCCAUCCUGCUCAGCUUCAUCCGCUGCCUGCAGGCCAACCUGCUGUGCGUGUGGCGCCGGGACGUCAAACCCGACUGCAAGGAGCUCUGGAUAUUCUGGUGGGGGGACGAGCCCAACCUGGUCGAUGUCAUCCACCGCGAGCUGCACAUGGUGGAAGAAGGAUUCUGGGAGAAUGGACUUUCCUAUGAGUGUAGGACCCUGCUCUUCAAAGCCAUUCAUAAUCUGCUGGAAAGAUGCCUGAUGGACAAAAACUUCGUUAGAAUUGGGAAAUGGUUCAUACGGCCCUAUGACAAGGAUGAAAAGCCUGUUAAUAAAAGCGAACACUUGUCGUGUGCCUUCACGUUCUUCCUGCACGGGGAGAGCAACGUGUGCACGAGCGUGGAGAUCGCGCAGCACCAGCCCAUCUACCUGAUCACCGAGGAGCACAUCCAGAUGGCACAGUCCUCCCCCUCGCCCUUCCAAGUGCUGGUGAGUCCUUACGGCUUGAACGGGACCCUCACGGGCCAGUCCUACAAGAUGUCAGACCCUGCCACUCGGAAGCUGAUGGAGGAGUGGCAGUACUUCUACCCCAUGGUGCUGAAGAAAAAGGAAGGCAUGAAAGAGGAGGAAGAGCUGGGAUAUGACAACGAUUUCCCUGUGGCAGUUGAAGUCAUUGUUGGGGGUGUGAGGAUGGUGUAUCCUUCAGCCUUUGUUCUCAUCUCCCAGAGUGACAUCCCAGUGUCACAGAGCGCUGCCAGUGCUGCAGGCCAUAUAAAUGUGGGCCAGCAGGGGCUUGGAAGCGUGAAGGAUCCUGUCAGUACCUGUGGGAUGCCCCUGACUCCCCCCACCUCUCCAGAGCAGGCUGUUAUGGGAGAAAGUGGUUGCUCUCAGAGCAGUAUCAGCCAUCCAGCUGUGCAGGAGGGGACAGUCAGUGUCCACAGUCCAAAGAAAUCAAGCAAGAUUACUCCCAAAUUUCACAACCGUAUUGUUCACCGUGUGUGGAAAGAAUGCAUCCUCAACAGGGCACAGUCCAAGAGGAAUCAAAUUACAGCUGCAAAUUUGGAAGAGGAAGUUUCUAACAAUAGUGUGUCAUGGGAUUUUGUGGAUCCAGUCCAAAGAGUCAGUUGUUCUUGUUCCAGGCACAAGGUGUUCAAGCAGCGCUGUGCCGGUGCCUCGGGCCGGCCCCCCACGCUGCCCCAGCCCGGCUUCGGAGUGGGGACGGCGGCGGCCUCGGCACUGCCCCCUCCUGCCUCCUCAAAGCACAAAACCACCGAGAGGCAGGACAAGGGAGAGAAAUUGCAAAAAAGGCCCCUGAUGCCAUUUCACCAUCGGCCCUCGGUGACUGAAGAGCUAUGCAUGGAGCAGGACACAUCCGGGCAGAAGCUGGGACUGGCCGGGAUGGAUUCUGCUCUGGAAGUCCCGAAUUCCAGGAAAUAUGAGAAGCCACUCUCGCUACCUGCUAGAAAUCCAAGCAAGCAAAUUAAUAUGAAUCCUAUGGAUUCACCCCAUUCCCCCACUUCCCCACUGCCUCCCACCCUGAGCCCCCAGCCCAGAGGUCAGGAGGCGGAGAACCUGGACCCCCCUUCCGUUCCUGUGAACCCAGCACUCUACGGCAGCGGGCUGGAGCUGCAGCCACUGCCCAGCUUAGAUGACAGGACAGUCCUGGUGGGACAGAGGUUACCUCUGAUGGCAGAGGUCAGUGAGACAGCCUUGUACUGUGGCAUAACUCAGAGCAACGAGGCCGUGGACAUGUGGAGGACCUACAGUGUCCCUUCAAGUGACGACCCCGAGUUCCGGCCGCCAGAGCUGCCGUGCGAGAGGUAUGAUGGCAGGAUGGAGAUCAACCCUGACAGCACUGCACUGAAAAGGCUCUUAGCACAACCUAAUAAACGGUUUAAAAUUUUGGAAGAGCAGAAACCAGUGCAGACGCUGAACUAUCUUGACCCCUUGCCUCUACUACAACCUCCUGGAGAAGGCUGGGGAGACACCAGUGAUCCUUACACCUUCGAAGAUGGAGACAUCAAGUACAGUUUCACUGUCAAUAAAAAAUGCAAACUUGGGGCUGAGAAAGAUCCUUUGAAAAAGAGCAAGUCAGAAGAUGGGAUUGGUUCCAAGGAAAUCCCCCCAACGGGCCAUUCCACACCAGUUCCUGAUGGAAAAGAUGCCAUGUCCAUUUUCAGUUCUGCUCCUAAGACUGACCCGCGGCAGGACGGCGCUGCCGGCAGGGCCGGCUCCGGCAGCCUCACCCAGGUCACCGACCUGGCCCCGUCCCUGCACGACCUCGACAACAUCUUCGACAACUCCGACGAGGAUGAGCUUGGGGCCGUGUCCCCAGCCCUGCGCUCCUCCAAGCUGCCGGCCGCGGGCUCCGAGGAGCGGCCGCUGGGCAAGGACGGCCGGACUGCGGUUCCCUACCCUCCCACUGUGGCAGAUCUCCAAAGGAUGUUCCCAACACCACCCUCUUUAGAACAGCACCCUGCCUUCUCUCCAGUGAUGAGUUACAAAGAUGGAAUAAGUUCAGAGACUGUGACUGCCUUGGGAAUGAUGGAGAGUCCUAUGGUCAACAUGGUUCCAACACAGCUGGCUGAGUUUAAAAUGGAGGUGGAAGAUGGAUUAGGUAGCCCUAAGCCUGAAGAAAUCAAGGAUUUUUCGUAUGUGCACAAAGUUCCAUCAUUUCAACCUUUUGUGGGCUCCUCCCUUUUUGCUCCACUGAAGAUCCUGCCUAGCCAGUGCCUCCUACCUCUGAAGAUACCAGAUGCCUGCAUAUUCAGGCCUUCUUGGGCUGUUCCUCCGAAAAUUGAACAACUUCCAUUGCCACCUGCAGCCACUUUCAUCAGAGAUGGCUACAACAACGUGCCCAGCGUGGGCAGCCUGGCCGACCAGGACUACCUGCAGAUGAGCACGCCCCAGAUGAGCACUCCGGUGACGCUCAACAGCGCGGCCCCUGCCAGCAACAGCGGCGCGGGAGUGCUGCCGUCCCCGGCCACGCCGCGCUUCUCCGUGCCCACGCCACGCACGCCACGCACGCCCAGGACUCCCCGAGGCGGGGGCACCGCCAGCGGCCAGGGCUCCGUCAAGUACGACAGCACGGACCAGGGCUCCCCCGCCUCCACCCCCUCCACCACGCGGCCGCUCAACUCGGUGGAGCCGGGCACGGUGCAGCCCAUCCCGGAGGCGCACAGCCUGUACGUGACCCUGAUCCUCUCCGACUCCGUGCUCAACAUCUUCAAGGACAGGAACUUCGACAGCUGCUGCAUCUGCGCCUGCAACAUGAACAUCAAGGGUGCCGAUGUGGGGCUGUACAUCCCCGACUCCUCCAAUGAGGAUCAGUACCGCUGCACGUGCGGCUUCAGCGCCAUCAUGAACCGCAAGCUCGGCUACAACUCCGGGCUCUUCAUCGAGGACGAGCUGGAUAUUUUCGGCAAGACCUCGGACAUCGGCCAGGCUGCAGAAAGGCGACUGAUGAUCUGCCAGAGCAACUUGAUCUCACAGAUGGGAGAGGGAGCCAGGAGGAGCCAGGAGCCCCCCAUGAGUCUCCUGCUGCUGCUGCAGAACCAGCACACGCAGCCCUUCACCUCGCUGAGCUGCCUGGAUUACAUGGCCUCCAACAACCGCCAGACGCUGCCCUGUGUCAACCUGAGCUACGACCGGCUGCAGGCUGACAGCAACGACUCCUGGGUGGAAUGUUUCAAUGCCCUGGAGCAGGGCAGGCAGUACGUGGACAACCCCACGGGGGGCAAGGUGGACGAAGCCCUUGUCCGAAGUGCCACUGUCCAUUCCUGGCCUCACAGUAACGUGCUGGACAUCAGCAUGCUCUCCUCCCAGGACGUGGUGCGCAUGCUGCUCUCCCUGCAGCCCUUUCUCCAGGAUGCCAUCCAGAAGAAGAGGACGGGAAGGACCUGGGAGAACAUCCAGCACGUGCAGGGACCACUCACCUGGCAGCAAUUCCAUAAGAUGGCAGGACGGGGGACCUAUGGCUCUGAGGAAUCUCCUGAGCCUCUCCCGAUCCCAACGCUGCUGGUGGGCUAUGACAAGGACUUCCUGACAAUCUCUCCGUUCUCCCUGCCCUUCUGGGAGAGGCUCCUGCUGGACCCCUACGGGGGCCAUCGGGAUGUCGCCUACAUCGUGGUGUGUCCAGAAAAUGAGGCCUUGCUCGACGGAGCCAAAACUUUCUUCAGGGACUUGAGUGCUGUAUACGAGAUGUGCAGACUUGGGCAGCACAAGCCCAUCUGCAAAGUGCUGCGGGACGGGAUCAUGCGGGUGGGCAAGAGCGUGGCGCAGAAGCUGACGGACGAGCUGGUGAGCGAGUGGUUCAGCCAGCCCUGGGGCUCCGAGGACUGUGACAAUCAUUCCAGGCUCAAGCUCUACGCGCAGGUCUGCCGCCAUCACCUCGCACCUUACUUGGCCACCCUGCAGCUGGACAGCAGCCUCCUGCUGCCCCCCAAGUACCAAACGCCGGCUCCGAGCCAGCCUCAGGCCGCUCCCGGGAGCUCGGCACCCGCUCCCUCCGGCUCCUCCUCGUGUCUCUCGGCCGCCGCCGGGGCCCCUGCCACGGGCAGCUCCUUCAGCUCCACGCCCAGCGCGGGCACCACGAGCCUUCCCGCAGGGAGCGCCUCCUCCUCGGGCUCCUCGGUGCCGCAGCUGUCGGCGUCCUCUGCCACGCCCGGCGCCAGCCAGAUGGGCACCGGCACCUCCUCCACGCCGGGCUUCAGCGGCACCGCCGGCUCGGGGCAGAGCGGCAGCGCCGCGGGAGGCUCGGCCGAGCGCUCGCAGGGCAGCGCCGGCCCCGGGACAGACACCGAGCCCGGCCCCAGCCUACCACAGCAGCAGCAAGAGGGCCAGGAAGGCACAUCGGAGCGGGAGCGGAUCGGGAUCCCCACGGAGCCGGACGCUGCGGACAGCAACGCCUACCCCCCCGCCGUGGUCAUCUACAUGGUGGACCCCUUCACCUACACUGCCGACGAGGAGUCUGCCUCCACCAACUUCUGGCUCCUGAGCCUCAUGAGAUGCUACACAGAAAUGUUGGACAACCUUCCUGAGAAUAUGAGGAAUUCUUUCAUUCUCCAGAUUGUGCCUUGCCAGUACAUGCUGCAGACAAUGAAGGAUGAACAGGUUUUCUACAUUCAGCACUUGAAGUCUCUGGCAUUCUCUGUGUACUGCCAGUGCAGGAGGCCCCUGCCCACACAGAUCCACAUCAAGUCCCUCACAGGCUUUGGGCCAGCUGCCAGCAUUGAGAUGACCCUCAAAAAUCCUGAGAGGCCCAGCCCAAUCCAGCUGUAUUCACCUCCUUUCAUCCUGGCCCCCAUCAAAGACAAGCAGACAGAGCUGGGAGAGACGUUUGGAGAAGCCAGUCAGAAAUACAACGUGCUCUUUGUCGGGUACUGCCUGUCCCAUGACCAGCGCUGGCUCCUGGCAUCCUGCACCGACCUGCACGGGGAGCUGCUGGAGACCUGCAUUGUCAACAUCGACCUGCCCAGCAGGUCAAGGAGGAGCAAGUUGUCUGCCCGGAAGAUUGGGCUGCAGAAGCUCUGGGAAUGGUGCAUCGGCAUUGUCCAGAUGACAUCCCUGCCGUGGAGAGUCGUCAUCGGGCGCCUGGGCCGGCUGGGCCACGGGGAGCUGAAAGACUGGAGUAUCCUGCUCGGGGAGUGCUCCCUGCAGACAAUCAGCAAACAGCUGAAGGAGGUUUGCCGCAUGUGCGGCAUCUCCGCAGCAGAUUCCCCCUCCAUCCUCAGUGCCUGCCUCGUUGCCAUGGAGCCACAGGGAUCAUUCGUGGUGAUGCCAGAUGCGGUGACGAUGGGCUCGGUGUUCGGACGCAGCACGGCGCUGAACCUGCAGUCGUCCCAGCUCAACACCCCCCAGGACGCCUCCUGCACACACAUCCUGGUGUUCCCCACCUCUGCCACCAUCCAGGUGGCACCUGCAAAUUACCCCAACGAGGAUGGCUUCAGCCCCACCAACGAUGAUAUGUUUGACCUCCCGUUCCCAGAUGACAUGGACAAUGACAUUAGAAUUUUGAUAACAGGGAAUCUUCACUCUUCGCCAAAUUCCUCCCCAGUUCCUUCCCCUGGAUCACCAUCUGGCACUGGAGUGGGAUCUCACUACCAUCACAGUAGGAGCCAAGGUGAACGUCUCCUCUCCAGGGAAGCCCCCGAAGAGCUGAAGCAGCAGCCUCUGGCUCUGGGAUACUUUGUGUCGACUGCCAAAGCGGAGAACCUCCCACAGUGGUUCUGGUCCUCCUGUCCUCAGGCGCAGAACCAGUGUCCCCUCUUCCUGAAGGCUUCUCUCCAUCACCACAUCUCUGUAGCGCAGACGGACGAGCUUCUACCUGCCAGAAAUUCUCAGCGAGUUCCUCACCCCCUCGACUCUAAAACUACAUCAGAUGUCUUGAGGUUCGUGCUGGAGCAGUACAAUGCCCUGUCCUGGCUCACGUGUAACCCGGCCACGCAGGACCGCAGCUCCUGCCUGCCCGUGCACUUUGUGGUGCUCACCCAGCUCUACAACGCCAUCAUGAACAUCCUGUAGGACACACACAAGCACUUGUUCUUCUGGCUGCUUCUCCCCUCCGCCCGGGAACGUGCCACGACCUGCAAGAGCUCCGUUUGCUUCUCUUCAGACCAGUCCUGUGCUGUGCUUCUGUUCCUCCAAAAGCACAUGUGAAUUCUGCAGUGUUCAAAACUCAACUACCCAUUAACAUCUCUGGCAGCUUCAGUCCAAAAUCUGGGAACAUCCAAGAACAGUGAACACGGAGUAACCUCAAGCCAGUGUUAGUUUGGUGGCUCAGUAACUACUGGUCAGCGUGAUUAUUUUUUUUAAUAUUUUAUUUUUUUAAGGAAGACUACAGAAUCUUUUUGCAUUAGGAACUGAUAAAAACCCACAAGCAGUGUCAGCCCUGCAAGUAAAAACCACCUUGUAGUGACCAGUUCGGGUGUUUCGUUGUUUGAUCGUCGUAAACCGGGACUUUGCAGGAGGAAAAAACCACAAA